UACCGAUAACAGCCGGACGAGAGCGCGCUCGAUUUUUUCUCAGGGCCCCUCUGUCGACCGUCGUGGUCUUUCAUUCGCGACGUCAAAGUAUUUUUCCGCCAGUUGGACGCCCACAAAUUUCAGAUUUCCGGCGUUCGACGAUAAAUACGCGAUAUACGACGCGUUUCACUCGUACGUCCGAAGGCGCGUGCGGUUUGCGAAAGGUGGAAAACGAGGGAAAUGAUUUUUUAAACGGCCCUUUCCUACGCUCUAAUGAGCCACGACGAAACUGACGCGGUGAAGAAACGAUAAGUCGAUUUUUUUUUCAAUGUGCAGUUGUUGUUCAGUGUAAGGGAGUGAGUGGAAACGGAGUUGGCAGGUAAUUUGUGGAUUUGUGGAUUCGAUAGAAGAGAAAGACUUGGCUUGAAGCUUUAAAUGUAGGCAGAUAAGAAAAACUCAUCAAAAAAAUUAAGCGGGUUCCGUCCACCUUCAGAAUGUGGUGUCGAGCGCAGCUGCUCGUGUUACUGACCACCGUCACUAUAGGGUAUUCGCAAGAUUACGGGCCGGAUGAGAACACCCUCAAGGUGGGCAGGUCCAUCGACAUCUUCACGAGAUACGGGUACUUGAGCCUCAGCAUCAAAGUGGUGCCCAGAAACGACACGACAUGGAUUUUCCGCGAGCCCACCAUAGACAUUUUCAACGGGAUCGAUCCCUUCGCGGUCUAUCCAACCAGGAUGAACAGGAAACAGAUAUUCGACGGAGACUUCCACAUGGAGUUCUGCGACAACCUGAAGCAGCUUCUGCAGGCCUACUUCCGUCACUUCAUGUUCGAACGUCUGGACAAGCCCUGGCUGGCCUUCACCGGGAGCUGGGCGUCGGAGACGAUAGCCAGGAACCUGGGCAUCAACUCCUCCUUCAUCCACAAAGACCACUGCUACGUCCUGGUCAGGCUGUCGAGGUUCAGGACGAACGCGGAGCUCACCAGGGUGCCCAACAACGUGAACCUGGUGGACGUCGUCGCCAGAGAGAUCGACAACAUCAAGGUGGGCGACGUGGCCAGCGUCAUCAUGUUCAUCAGGAAAUACGGAUCUCACUACAUCCAUUCGUAUACCACGGGCAAUUCAAUUUACCAGGUAUUCGUUUACAGAAAGCCAGUGUACAAAAGAAUCAAGGAACGACUGAGUAAUAGGUCAGUCAAAAAAUUGGAGAGUAUGGACCUGAGAAAUUUCUUCAGUCCAUGGUAUGCUGACCACAUGGGUGAAAUCAAAGUGGCUAGUGGUAAUACUUCGGUUGAACGAUGGGCAUCAGCUAAACUACGCGUGAACUACUAUAUCUUUUCUUAUCCAAGUCUUCUCAAACUACACGGUGACAAUAAACUACUUCUUGGGCUCAACAACAUACUCAGAAAUGAGGCUAUUUUAGAGCUCGAUAUGAGAACUUUAGCGCCAGCUUUCAAAGAUCCCCAAAAGAGAAGGUGGUUCGAAGAAGUGCUAGACAAUUAUCUGAAAUUGUGGGAAAGCAACUUGUGAAAAAAGUGUGAUGGUGAAGAACUCAAAUUGUGAAUCCACAGAAUAUUUUCUGCAAGAUCCAAUAAAUCUCUUAAUUGGGCACCAUCCAUUGAGAGAAAUCAAACCCUGAAAAAUGACAAUGAAAUUUUGAAAUAAUGGGCUAGUUCCUAAAUGUGAACCAAUAUCGUAUCGAUAAGAAACCAAAUUCCUUAUUUUUCAUUAAGAUUCAUUCGACUUCAUCGUUAAAUUUGAAGUUUUGAAUCUAUAAUUAUGGUGAAACCAAAGAAUGUGGUUUUUGUUAUUCUGCUGCCUAGUAAAUAAACUCCAGUGCUUCAAAAAUGAUUCCUAAACGUGGCCAAUUCUUUAUAGGAAAUUUCAACGAUUUUUCGAAAAGACUCGUGAAUAUGUGCAAUACCAAGAAAAGUGGAACAUUCUGAUCUGGAAAAACCUGAAGAUGCUUCAACGCCGCAGUAGGUGCAAUGUGAUUUUAUCCAUUAUCAAUUUUCCAGACUGAUUAUACCCUAAAUUAGAAGAAAUUGUUCCUCCAAUUGUGAGUGAAUUAUGUCCUGCUGAAUUUUCCUAGUACAAGUGAAUAAUGUAUUGAUGGUUUUUCAUAUAUUUUGAUAUACGAUUCUUAUACAUUUUUCUAGUAAUUGAAUGCAAUCAUACAAUUAGGCUGUGUAUAUUUCGACAAUUAUAUAUAUUUAUUUGUUAAGUAAUAAAUAUAUUGAUUAAUA